AUGGACAGGGACGAGACCUUUCCCCGGCCCUUGGGGACUUGGGGAGUGGAGUGGGAGCGAGGGGCCCACCAGGGUCCCGCCGGCCUCAUGUGGAGAUACGAGUCAUUGAAGUGUGGCAGUCGCAGUAGAGUGAGAGUCCGUCUGGCUGCGCCCGUCCUGCCCCACACAUCUGGUUCUGGGGUGUCUAACACCUCAGAAGUCACGGGACAGGGAAUGCCGCCCGACCUGUUCUGGCCCCUGGCGCUGCUCCAUGAGAAAACAACGUGGCCUCAUGAGUCGUCUGAGAUGGGAGUGCAGGAACUCGCAGUCCUUCGCGCUCAAAUAUCCUCCAGCAGCGUAAACGUAGAGGUUGACGCCGCACCUCACCAAGACCUGGCCCGCAUCUUGGAGGAGAUCCGACACCAGUAUGAGGGCGCCAUCGAUAAGAACCGCAGAGAAAUGGAGUCCUGGUACAAGGGCAAAUUCGACGAAUUGAACAAGACGGUAACCACCAGACAAGAAGACAUCACAUUGUCCCGCAGUGAAAUCAGCGAGCUUAGGAGGACGCUUCAGAGCCUGGAGAUCGAACUACAGUCACAGCUCAGCUUGAAAGCAGCACUGGAAGGCACACUGGGAGAGACAGAGUCACGGUACAGCCUCCAGCUCAGCCAAUUGCAGGCCGUCAUUAACAGGCUGGAGGCGGAGCUUUCUCAGGUGCGCAUGGACAUCGAAAGACAGGGCAAUGAAUACAAACUGCUCCUGGACAUCAAAACUAGACUAGAGUUGGAGAUCGCGGAGUACAGGAGACUUCUGGAUGGAGAGAUAAUGCAGAGACAGACAGUCAAAGUUGUAGAGAUUGUAACUCCUCCUCCCAAGCCCGAACCUGUGGUGACCAAGCGUGUUCGCACAGUAAUCGAAGAGAUGGUUGACGGAAAGGUUGUUUCUCGAACAGAGGAUGUUGACAUUGAGGUCAUGACAAAGUAAAAACGACAGCAAUGAGAUCCAUAAAGCUGGCAUGAAUUUUCAGCCUCAAUACGGCUGAUUAAAUUAUCCCUGUUCAACAUCUCAUGUGAAAUGCCAAAAAAUAAAAUAAAAA